ACCUCCUCUCUUCCCUUCUCCUCUCGCGGACGGUUGAUCCAAAGGCGGCGGCGGCUGCGGCGGCGCUACGCUGCGGCAGGCAUCGAGCUCGGCGGCGGAAUCAUGGCGCUGCGGAUGGCGGCGGCGGCGCUCGUGCGGCGCCUGGCGCCGGCGCGCCCUCGGGCGCUCCUGGCGGAGGCGGAGGCCGUGACGUGCGGGCGCGGGGACAAGAAGACCAAGCGCGGGAAGCGGUUCAAGGGCUCCUACGGCAACUCACGGCCGAAGCGGGAGAAGAAGAUCGAGCGCAUUAAGGACCGCGUCGAGGUGCCCCGCUCCACCCCGUGGCCCCUCCCCUUCAAGCUCAUCUGAGCUCAGCCUCGGUUCGUCAGGCUACCUAGGGUUUUGCUUUACCCCCUACCGAUUACUGCUAUUCUCAGCUGGUUUCCUUUAGCUCCACUUCCAUGGCUACGCCUGGGCAGGCAUGUGUUUUACUUAGUUGUUUCCCAAAUUAGGCUGUGUUGGAUAUGUACUAUCGGAUUGAAUUGCCAUGUUGCAACCAUUUUCCACAGCGCAGUCGCUCUGUCAUCGUGUUAUCUGGAUGAUGGUGAUAAUAAAUCAUUGCAAAUGAAAUUUUAUAGUCACGGAUUUA